AUGGAGAAACCGAUUUUGGGAACCAACGAGGAGUUGCGACCGUGUCAUGUGCACUACGAGAUGAUAAAGCCUCUGAUAAUUUUCGAGCGGUUUUCCAACUGGAACAGACUGCUUCGAAGCAUGGCUUUCGUUUUCCAUGUUUCUACAGCUCAAAAGGCACGGAAAAACAGCGUGAAAGUCGAGUUUGAGGUAACACACGAAGACCUGAGAGCGGCCGAAAACCAAAUUUUGAAAAUGGUGCAAUGUUCGUCUUACCCGGAAGAAAUGACAAUUAUGUCGAUCAACAUAAAUGCAGCAUGCGGUGAACAGCGUCCACUUGAUAAAAGUAGCUCUCUCUUCAAACUUACUCCCAUGUUAGACGAUGAAGGUAUUCUACGCAUCGACAGCCGCACAGGAGCGGCACGUGUGGACUCAUAUGACGUCAAGUAUCCCAUAAUACUGCCUCGAAAACAUUAUGUGACGUAUCUAAUCGUGGACAACUAUCACCGGAAGUUCCUUCACGGAAAUGCAGAGACGGUGGUUAACGAGCUUAGACAGCGAUAUUAUAUUUCCCGAAUGCGAGUUGUUGUGAGAGCUGUUUCGCGAUCAUGUCAGUGGUGCAAGGUGUACAAGAGUCAGCCAACCAUCCCUAAAAUGGGUCCACUUCCUGAAGCUCGUCUAUCUCCUGGUGUCCGGCCAUUUAGUUUUGUCGGGAUAGACUACUUUGGGCCGAUCCUCGUAAAGGUUGGUCGAGCCAACGCAAAACGAUGGGUGUGUCUCAUCACAUGCUUGACCAUACGAGCAGUGCAUGUAGAAGUUGCAAGAGAUUUGUCCACACCGUCUUGCAUAGAGUGCAUCCGCAGAUUCGUCGACCGAAGAGGAGCGCCACUGGAGAUUUAUUCCGACAACGGACGAAACUUUGUGGGAGCCAACGGAGUGCUGCGACAGCAGAUAAACAAAAUUGAUGAAGAAGUAGCUGCAACUUUUACCAACACACGGACUAAGUGGUAUUUCAUACCACCAGCAUCCCCUCACAUGGGGGGUUCCUGGGAGAGACUGGUGCGUUCGAUUAAGGUAGCCAUAACCAGUAUACCCCAGAACAACAAACUCGAUGACUUCGCCCUGUGGACGCUGGUGGUGGAUGCAGAAGCAAUCGUCAAUUGCCGCCCACUGACAUAUUUACCACUAGAUUCACCGGAACAGGAAGCACUCACCCCAAACCAUUUCCUUCUGGGAAGUUCGAGGGGUGUAAAGCAACCUUCAAUUAAAUUAGGGCGUUCCGACAAGACCAUCAGCAACACUUGGACGAUUAUACAAAAUGACCUGGACCAUUUUUGGAAAUGUUGGGUUCGCGAAUACCUGCCAACACUAACGAGGCGCACCAAAUGGUUUGGGGAUGUCAAGCCUGUUGGUGUUGGAGAUAUGGUGAUCUUGAUCGAUGACAAGAAGCGCAACGGAUGGGUUCGUGGCCGUGUAUUAGACGUGACGAAAGGGAAAGAUGGUCGAGUUCGACAAGCGGUUGUCCAGACGACAGACGGGUUAUUUAGGAGACCGGUUUCGAAAUUGGCGGUGCUGGACCUUUGUAGAAAUAGUAACGCUGGAGUCAACACUCAGCCUUACGGGGAGGGGGAUGUUGACGAUUCAGCCCCACAUUUAGCAACCUUGCCGUUAUCAGUGCCACUCACUGGCUAG